ACACAAGAAGGAUAGAAUUGUAGGAAAUUUUAAAGUGAAGAAUUUCACUUUUUCAUGUCCAUUUUUUAUGUCGCUUAAAAAAAUGCGUCGAAGCAUGAAAGGGGAUUGAGUCUAUUUUACGCCAAAUGGGUUCAUCAAAUAUUAUAUUCUCUUCUCUAUCUAAAAAGCCUGUUCUUCAACAUCCCCAUUAGUAUAAAGAUCCCUCACUUUCCCUCUCACAUACCCACUCUUUAACCUCUCAACUCUCUCUCUUUUUCUUGUUCCUGUUAUCUAUUGUUCUUGUUCCUGUUCCUUUUCUUGCUAUAUAUAUACAUGUAUGUAUAUAUACUCUCCACUUUCAAGAACUUAAAGAAGAGAAUCUUGUUCUUGGGUUUGAAAUUUGAGUUCGUAGUUGUUUGAAUAGGGAGAGGAGAAGAGAUGGAGAAACUUAACUAUGUGAAAAAUGGUGGUAUGAUUAAAUUGCCUCCUGGAUUUCGGUUCCACCCUACUGAUGAAGAGCUCGUGGUGCAAUACUUAAAGCGCAAGGUCUUUUCCUAUCCUUUGCCAGCUUCUAUAAUCCCAGAGGUUGAUGUUUGCAAGUCUGAUCCUUGGAAUUUGCCAGGUGAUUCCGAGCUAGAGAGGUACUUUUUCAGUACCAGAGAGGUCAAGUACCCGAAUGGGAAUCGAUCAAACAGGGCAACUGGUUCUGGCUACUGGAAGGCAACCGGUUUGGACAAAAAAAUUUUAAGUCCCAGGAGCCACCAGGUUGUCGGGAUGAAAAAAACUCUGGUUUUCUAUAGAGGAAAGCCUCCAAAAGGCUGCAGAACUGAUUGGAUUAUGCACGAAUAUCGCCUCGCCAAUGCUCAAAACACAGACACACAAACCAAAAACUUAGCACAGGAAAACUGGGUUCUCUGCCGAAUAUUUUUGAAGAGGAGAAACAACAAAACUGAGGACGAGGUUUCACAACAACAAAAUGGUGGUCGGGGUGCCAUUUCGGGGAAUACUAGGACCGUCUUCUACGAUUUUAUGGCCAAGGACGGGAGGACUGAUUUGAAUCUAGUUCCAGCUUCAUCGUCUUCGGGUUCAAGUGGGAUUACAGAGAUUUCGAGUAACAAUGAAUCAGAUGAUCAUGAAGAAAGCAGUAGUUUGAAUAGUUCUGCCACUGUCAAAACGAAUUCACAUCCCUAACUCUCAAUGUAAUAUCAUAGAUCCCAUCAAAAUAACAUUUAAUUCCCUCACCAAAUGUCUUGUUGAACCCAGAGAACAACCUAAGAAAUUUACAUGUUCUGCAAUUGUUCGUAAUCUUGAGAAAUUAUACUGUUUCACCA